AUGGUGGGUCAAGUGACGGAGGUUGCUUUCGACCCUGAUCUCCCUCAGUUGCAACCGUAUGUUCGUGUCAAGAUUCUACUUGAUAUCUCAAGACCGUUGAAACGAGGUAAAGUGCUCAAUCUUCCUCAUGGAGGUUCAACAGUGGUGGAGUUUGAUUACGAACGGGUUCAGAAGCGGUGCUAUGGUUGUCAUCGUCUGACCCAUGAAAAAGAAGUUUGUCCGUUUCUGUUGAAAAAACGUCAAGUUCUUGAAGGAAUUCGGCAUCCUGGUCUGUUGAAAGAAGCUUUGGUAAAACCUCUGAUCAUCAAACCGUCUGAUCCUUUAUUUGGAGUCUUAAGUGAAGAACAAGUUGGUAUUAAUCCAUUGACGGGAAGAAUUAAGAUUGCAAAAACAGUUUUGGAAGGUAUGAGGCAAUAUCUAAUGGUGGCUGAUGUUAAUGAAAGAAAUUUAAGAAUUGACAAGGUGAAGAAGACUGUUGGAAUCGCUGAAAAGGAUCCAAUUGCUAGGAAGGCUGUGUUAAGCCUUGAGCCAGCUCCUAUCUUGUCUAAGGAUGUCAAUAAAGAGAGAGGUCGUGUUUUUGACUAUGAAAGCUCAGACUCAACAAAUUGGUCUAAGGCUGAUUUUAAAAGGAAUAGGCUAAUGGAUGAGGCUUACAAGACCACAUCGUGUCCAGCUCAAGGGUUAUCUUCGGAGCUCAGUAAUGAUUUAGAAGGUUCUAUGUCUUCAGAGUUGCCUUCAGGACCUUUUAUCUUUAAUCCGACGGAUUUCAAGAUUGGCUUCUCUGAGGCUGGUCCUUCCGGGAUUAAACCAAAAAAAGGAAAACCAAGAAAACGUCCUCCGAAGAGAAUCAGAAUGCUUAAGGCAAGGGACCCCGAUCUGACCAAGUCUAAUCCAGUGCUGAAAGAAGGAGCUAGUGUUGGUGGUCCUAACAAGAGAAAAUCAGAUCAAGAAAGGAGUCUUACAAACAAGUGUGCUAGAAUCAGUCAACUAAAGGUGAUCCCAAAUGAGGGAUCGCCCACCGCUUAA